AUGACCGCGCCUCAGGCCGCCGUGUCUCCGCUCGACUUGUCCUCUCUGUCCUCGGUCUCUGAGCUGGAGGCUCUGGGUCUGGAUGUCCUGAAGGGGGAGCUGAUGAGUCGGGGUCUGAAGUGUGGGGGGACGCUGACGGAGCGUGCCGCCCGACUCUUCUCCGUCCGAGGACUGACCCCGGAUCAGAUCGACCCCGCGCUGCUCGCAAAACCGAGCAAAGCUAAGAGGAAGUGAGGUCAGAGGUCACGGAGCUCUGAGAGAUUAAAGGAACAGUUUUCUAACGUUCA